AUGUCUCGGCCAAACCAGCCCCAAGAACGUCACCUGGUUCUCCUCGGAGACCAGACUUCCAAUGUUUCCUCGCUGGCGAAGAGACUAUUGUUAGACGCCCCUCAGAGUGUCCAUCAGAGCGAUUUUGUUCGAGACACAAGCACCACGCUCAGCGGCUUGAGUGAUCGACUGCGUCCGUUUCACCGCGAAAAUCUCCCACGCUUUGGCACCGUUCAUGCUCUGGCCACGAUAUACCACGACAGUAACGGGGCUUGUCAUCCAGCCAUUGCCAGCACUCUUCUGGCAAUUGUACAGUUCUUGCAGCUCUUUCGAUAUUAUGAAGGAAGGGCUCGUCGACCAGAAAAUCACGAUGAGAUCUCCGUCGUGGGCCUUUGCACUGGAUCCCUCGUUGCAGCAGCAUACGCCGCCUGCGCUUCUCUUGAUGAUCUCAAAGCUCUAGCUGUCCCUACCGUGUCCAUCGCGUUUCAGAUGGGGUUGCAGGCUGCAACUGCCAGCAGCAUGUUGCACGAGCAAGGCACACCAUUGGAGAGCUGGUCAACGGCCAUCUCGAAAAUGACCGAAGAUGAAGUGCUCUCGGCUCUGAAGGUGUACGACGCCGGUGGUCUUUUGUCCCUUCGCCACCGAUGCUUUAUCAGUGCCGUUGGCCUCAACAGCGUCACCGUCAGUGGAUCGCCACCGGCCUUGUCUCGGUUCACGGAGAGCUUGACCAAGUCCGAGCCCGGGAAAAGGCUCAGAGAACUGCCGAUCUACGGGGCAUACCACGCCUCACACAUCCACGGCGUUCUGGACUUCCCCAGCUUCCUCAACCGCGCGGGCGUUGACCCGGAAUUCUUGGCUAGCUUCCAGACGAGGAAGACCCUCCUUUGUCCAUUGACAGGACGACCGGUCAAUGCGCCAAAUGCCCUGGGUCUAUUCAAAAGCGUCGUGCAUCACACGUUGCAAGCACCUUUGCGGUUCGACCUGGUGGUUGACGAGUGCGUCGCCCAAAUCCAAGCAAACGGCACCACCUCUAUCACGCUGGACGUGGUAGGACCAACCACAGCUGCCGAGGGCAUUUCAUCAGCACUGAGAUCAAGAACUGAAGCGGCUGUAGUUACCCGAGACUUGAUCGCUCUUGAAUCGCGGAGGGACCAAUUCCAGCCAUCGGGAGCCUACAACAAUGCCCCCCUGGCCAUUGUUGGUGUGUCGGGCAGAUUCCCCGGGGCAGAAAGCGCCGAAGAGUUGUGGAGUAUUUUGGAGGCCGGCCUUGACAUGCAUCGAGUGAUCCCCAAGGACCGAUUUGAUGCCGACAAGCAUGUCGACCCCAGCGGGAAGGCAAAGAACACCAGCUGGACCCCAUACGGCUGCUUCAUCGAUCGCCCUGGCGACUUUGACCCUCGCUUUUUCAACAUGUCUCCGAAAGAAGCCGUGCAGACAGACCCCAUGCAGCGCCUGGCUCUUGUCACCGCGUACGAGGCCCUGGAAAUGUCUGGAUAUGUCGCCAAUCGAACUCGCUCAACAGCCCUGAAUCGCAUUGGAACCUUCUAUGGCCAGACGAGCGAUGAUUACCGGGAUGUAAAUGCCUCACAGGAUAUUGGAACCUAUUUCAUAACUGGCGGAAUCCGUGCAUUUGGACCUGGACGAAUCAAUUACUAUUUUAAAUUCGAGGGCCCGAGUUUUAGCGUCGACACUGCCUGUUCCUCGAGUUUGGCUGCAAUCCAGCUCGGAUGCACGUCGCUCUGGAGUGGUGAUUGUGACACAGCAGUGGCCGGUGGAUUGAGCGUGCUCACCUCGCCCGACCUCUUCUCGGGCUUGAGUCGAGGCCAGUUUCUCUCGCAAACCGGAUCAUGCAAGACCUUUGACAAUGCCGCCGAUGGCUAUUGCCGCGCCGAUGGUGUUGGGACAGUGGUUAUCAAAAGGCUUGGUGACGCGGAGCUCGAUAAUGACAAUAUCCUGGCUGUGAUUCUUGGUGCCGCUACAAACCACUCAGCACAGGCAAUCAGCAUCACGCACCCGCAUGCCGGGACCCAGUCUAACCUGUAUCGUGAGAUCCUGCAGCAGUCCGGUGUUGAUCCCUUUGAUGUUGGCUAUAUCGAGAUGCAUGGAACCGGGACGCAGGCCGGGGAUGGAACAGAGAUGCGCUCUGUGACAGAUGUAUUCGCCCCUGCGCGUCCUGCUCGACCCGCAAAUAACCCGUUGUAUGUGGGAGCUAUCAAGGCGAAUAUAGGUCAUGGAGAAGCCUCAUCUGGAGUCGCAUCCCUGAUCAAGUCCAUUCUGAUGUUCAAGACAGGAUUCAUCCCCCCACAUGUUGGGAUCAAGCAUGAGGUCAACAAAGGAUUUCCCGAUCUCGAGGCGAGGAAUGUCCGAAUCGCGCUGGACAAAACCCCGUUGCCAGCGCCCAGGGGCCCGAAGAGAACGGUGCUGGUCAAUAAUUUCAGCGCUGCUGGUGGCAAUACUGCAUUAUUGAUCCAGGAGCCCCCGAAGCCCGGGACUCGCGAGAAAGAGGACCUUCGUCCCUCGCACGCCGUCACUGUCUCCGGACAUACCGCGUCAGCGUUGACAAACAACCUAGAGAACUUGAUCACGCACAUUACCGGAAACCCAGACAUCGUGCCAGGAGACCUGAGCUAUACGACAACUGCUCGCCGAAGCCACCACGCGUUUCGGUUCACCGUCGCUGAGCCCACGACGGAACGCAUCCGAGUCGCUCUACAGAACAAGCGGGGGUUGACCCCAUCCAAUGCACUUCUGUCGACCCAGAAACGUUCAGUGAUAUUUGCUUUCACUGGCCAGGGUGCAACCUACCCUAGCCUGGGUCAGGAGCUUUACGCAACAUCGCCUCAAUUCCGCGCGGACAUCUCGCUCUUCGACGGAAUUGCGAGGCAGCAGGGAUAUCCAUCUUUCCUCUCCCUUGUUGACGGGAGCAUCUCUGAUAUCAGUCAGCUCUCGGCCAUUCAGACCCAGGUUGGACUUGUAUCCGUUCAGAUUGCUCUAUCUCGCCUGUGGCGCUCAUGGGGGGUCAAGCCGACAGCGGUCAUCGGCCACAGCCUCGGGGAGUACGCGGCUCUCCAAGUGAGUGGCGUUCUGUCCAUCAGCGAUGCUAUAUUCCUCGUUGGCCACAGGGCACGCCUUCUAGAAACUCGCUGCCGACCGCAUACCCAUUCCAUGCUGGCCGUGUCAGGGACAUCUGCAGCCCUUCAGCCGCUGUUGGCAACUUUCUCCGAGGAUGUCCAAGUUGCAUGCUCAAACAGCCCUCGGGAAACCGUCUUUGCCGGCAGGCGAGAGGUGAUUGAUGAUCUGGACGUGCACUUAUCCGGCGCAAAGAUUCGCUGCACUAAGCUGCAAGUUCCCUUUGCGUUCCACUCGGCCCAGGUUGAUCCCAUUCUUGAUGACCUGGAAGAGGUUGCCAGGGCGAUCAAUUUCGGUGCACCGCAGAUUCCCAUCUUGAGUUCCUUCCUCGGUCGUCCGCUGGGGGUGGAUGAUGGGAUUGAUGCGACUUAUAUACGCCAGCACUGCCGACACACAGUCCAGUUUGCCAGUGCCGUGGAGAUCGCGCAAGAUCGGGGCCUGGUCAACGAAACCUCGGUGUUCAUUGAGAUCGGUCCCCAUCCAAUCUGUCUGGGCAUGAUUCGAGACGUGCUGGGAGACUCCCAUCUCAAGCUUCCCACGUUGAGACGGAAAGAUAGCCCAUGGAAGGUGAUUGCGAGCGGUUUGGCUUCCUUGCACGACCAGGGCUUCUCGAUCAAUUGGUCCGAGUAUCACCGCGACUUCGACCACACGCAUCGUCUUCUCACUCUUCCUGCAUAUGCCUUUGACAACAAACGCUACUGGGCGGACUAUCGGAAUGACUGGACGCUUCGAAAAGGGGAUGCCUUGCCCGCUCUUGAACCUUCCAACAAGGGGGUUGAAGAGCCCCCGAAAAAGCUGUCAGGCUCUGUUCAUCGGGUUGUGAAAGAAGAUUACAGUGCGUCUGAUCCGAUCGCCAUCUUCGAAACGGAUCUCUGGGAUCCCAAGCUUCAUGCUGCUGUCAGUGGACAUCGCGUCAAUGGUGCCGCUCUCUGUCCGUCGUCCAUCUACGCAGAUGUUGCUCAGACGAUUGCUCAUCAUAUCCAGCAACAGAAGCAAUCGGGAAUAGACUUAUCUGGCCUCAAUGUCACCAGCAUGGAGGUUGUACAGCCAUUGAUCAUCAAGGCACCCAGACAAGACGAGAACCGCAUCCUGCGAGUUACUGCGCACAUCGACAAAGCGUCGAAAGCAGUGCGUCUGGAAUAUGCUUCAACUACGCCCGAUCGAAAGGCGGCAACCAAGCAUGCCAACUGUGUUGUCGUGUUUGGGUCACAGGAGAAGUGGCUUCGGCGUUGGUCGCAUAGCCUUCAUUUGGUACAAGGGCAUAUCAACGAACUGGAAAAGAAGGCGACUCGGGGAGAAGUCAGCAAGGUUACCAGUCGCCUGGCCUAUCGCCUUUUCAGCAGCCUGGUGGACUAUGCGCCAGAGUACCAGAGAAUGAGUCAGGUUCUCCUGGCGAGCAGCCUGUACGAGGCUUCUGCCGCGGUCAGCCUGGAUGAUCGAGGUGACGACGCCUUGUUUCAAUGCAGUCCCUACUGGAUCGAUUCGUUGGCCCACCUUUCAGGCUUCGUCAUGAAUGGCAAUGAGAACAUCAACUACCAGGAAGCUGUAUACAUCUCCCAUGGAUGGGAGAGUAUGCGCUUUGCCAGGCCACUGGUAUCUGGCGGUCAAUAUCAAACCUACGUUCGAAUGUUGCCCGCUGAUAAGACAAUGUUUGGCGGCGAUGUCUGGAUCUUGCACGAGGGGGAAAUCGUCGGGUUGAUCGAAGACCUCCGAUUCCAACGUGUCCCACGUACCGUUCUCGACAUGCUUCUUCCACCAGCUGCCGUCAAGGCCGCCUCGAACAGGAAGCCUCCUCAACCGACUGUUCCAAAACCCCAAACUUCAAUCCCGAAAGCCAAGAGCAGCCCAAUCCAGGAGGUCGAACGCCAGGUUGGACAGUCAGCUGGCUCUCUACUCGACUUGAUCGCCGAGGAGCUUGGUCUACCGGCAUCCGAGAUCUCUCCCGAAGAUAACCUGACUGCGCUGGGACUGGACUCCCUGAUGGCGUUGACAAUUGUUGGCCGGCUGCGUGAGGCGUUUGACAUUGAUCUUUCCCACAGUGAAUUCCUCGAACUGUCUACCGCCUCUCAACUUCUAGGUUUCUUGAAUCGAGAAUAUGGGUUACUUAGGGUCGAGAGUAAUGCAGUGAGUGCAGGCCAUCCAAGUGAUCAUAAUGCGCCCUACAGUUCGUCCCCAUCUUCGGCGUCUUCUUUGAUUGAAGUCCCUACACCGGAUAGCACGGUGGACGAUACCAUACGUCUCGUGCGGUCUGUCAUCUUGGAGGAGACUGGUCUUGCUGAGGAUGAGCUGGAGGUGACAGCAGACCUGGGGUCUUUGGGAAUCGACUCCUUGAUGAGCUUGACUGUCCUGGGGAAGCUUCGAGAAGAGGGCGUUCAGCUUCCUAUGGAUUUCUUCCUGCAAAAUUUGACGAUGAACGAGGUUUCACGAGCUCUAGUUGGGGGGAACGAUGAUCUGCGGCCCGAAGCCAUUGCAGUCUCCACUGACGAGAGACGCCCUGAAGCAAAAUCCAUUCUUCUCCAGAGACGGGCUAAUCCAGCCACCAAUAAGAAGCUGUUUCUGUUCCCUGAUGGCUCAGGAUCCCCGACGUCCUAUGCAGCACUGGAGCAGCUUCACGCGGACUUCGACGUGUACGGUCUAGUAUGUCCCUUCGUCAAUGACUCGGCUCGCUACACUACCGGCAUCGAGGAUGUUGUCAGAAUAUACCUGUCUGCAAUCAGAAGCCACAGUCCUUCCGGCCCAUACCAUCUUGGCGGCUGGUCCGUUGGGGGUGUCCUUGCGUACGAAGCGUCAAAGCAACUCAUUGAAGCCGGUGAGGACGUGCACGACCUUAUCCUCAUCGACGCGCCAUGUCCCACAGUAUUGCCUCCCAUGUCUGCAUCUCUGAUCGAGUUUCUCAACUCCAUUGGCGUCCUAGACCAAGUGCAAAGCGAUGGUGCCAGAACGCCCGAUACAAAACGCCAACUUGUCCUUGACCACUUCGACGCAACGGUCAAGAACCUAGGCUCCUACGACCCGGCUCGCUCGCCACUACCGGCUCAUUCAUCGCCCCGUACGUCCAUUAUAUGGGCUCAAGAAGGCGUAUGUAAUGGACUAAGUGACCCACGGCUGAAAGCGAACCCUUCCCUGGCGGCAGAUGCCACCGCGAGCUGGAUUCUAGACAAGCGCACCGACUUUGGCACCCGAGGAUGGGAGUCUCUUGUGUCACCCAAGGAUAUUGCUUUCUUUUCUGUUCCCGGGAACCAUUUCACUAUGAUGCAACCCGCAAAUAUCGGAGAACUUUCAAAACAGUUACAACUCAGCCUCGCUUCAGCCAAUUCAUAG